AUGAGCUCCCCGCCGGCGACGACCGUGGCCGAGGCCGCAACAGCAGGAGCCACGCCUCUCAUCGGCGGCCUCCCAGAUGAGGUCGUCAUCUGGGAGAUCCUCGUCCGCCUCGACCCCAAAUCCCUCCUCCGCUGCCGCGCCGUCCGCCGCUCCUGGCGCCGCGCCACCUCCGCCCGCGGCUUCCUCCUCGCCCACCACGCCCGCCAGCCCGCCCACCCCGUCCUCUACGGUUACAGCUGCGUCGGGAACGACGUCAUGUCGUUAUCCAUCAUCCCCUUGGACCACCGGUCAGGGCUCGCCGCCGACGACCAGCUCCAGCCCGUCGCGCGGCUUGGCCACGCCCUCGUCCGUCCGGAGGCCUCCUGCGACGGCCUCCUCGUCCUCUCCAUCCUCGGCACCUACUUCGCCAUCUGCAACCCCACAACUCGUCAGUAUGCUCCCCUCCGUAUGAUUUCUGAGUUCAGCAUAUUGGGGAUGUACCCUCACCGGCCUACUGGCGAGUACAGAUUACUCAUGCACUCUUCGAAAACCGCGAAGCAGGCCUCGUCUGUUCUUUUUGGCCCCUGCACCAGACCGUCACCUGAAAAUCAAGUUGGCUGCUACGUCCUAGCACUCGGCUCUGGUCAGCUGCUGAGGUACAUUGAGUGUGCGGACGCCAAGGAACUGAAAUUGAGCAAUAAUUCUGUGCUAUUCCGUGGUUGCUUACAUUGGUACCCAGUGCGACAUGGAAGUGGCAACAUCAUGAUAAUGGUGUUCGACACCACAGCCGAGUCGUUCCGGCUGAUGCGCGCUCCGGUUUUUCCUGGCGGCUGUGAUGACCUGUUUGAGAUGGAUGGCAUGCUCGGCAUGUCCAGCUCUAAUAAGGCAAAGACAAUCAUUCGAAUCUGGGUGCUGCGGGAUUAUGAAAGCGAGGACUGGAUCUUAAAGUGCAAGAUUAAAUUGCCGGUUAUGGAGAUCAGGGUGCCGUGGGACAGUCACGACCAUGAAAUUUUUUGGGACGUGGUGGUCGUGCCUGGAGAUGGUGAGUUGCUUGUGUUGGUCAAAUAUGUGGGACGGCUACUUCAGGUUGACAUGGAUGGCAAGUUGGUCACCACUUUCCACCACAAAGGCGUCCGUCCUACUCAAUUACAGCUCAAACAAAGUCUUGUUCGGCAUGCCUUCUUUCCAUCACUAGAGGGUUAUGUUGUGAACAAUUGGCCGUUCAUCUGA